AAGAUAUGAUACAUGUGAUCUCCUCAUGUGAAAUCGUCUGUGAUCGAAAAAAGCAAAGCUUGAGGAAUAUAUGAAUAAAGUAUAAUAAGAUUGAAGAUGGGGAGGAAGAAGAAAUUACAGGCUGAACAGAGGCCCUUGUUACCAGUGGAAGAUAGGCAGGGACAUCCUGGAUAUAAUGAAUCCUCUCGGCUAUUACCAGCUGAUGCAGCUGAAAACACCAAUGUCACCUUUACAGUUCCACAGGAAUCGUUCUCGGAAGUAGCCCGCGAAUCGUUCUCUGAAGCUCAUCGGGACAUCCGGAGAAGACGAAGCACUGUACCAGGCCUAACCGAUGUGGAGUAUGCCAAGCGAACAAGAUACUGUCAGUUUUAUUCAGGAAAUGAUAUAGAUGAAGAAGACGCAGGUAAUUUGAUGAGUGAAAAUGUCGUAAAAGUGGCCAUAUUUGAGAGCAUCCAGUACCACAUUGAAGUAUUGGAAAGCUUUCGUGAACAACCAUGGCCAAUGAAGAAGAAGCUACGAGCAGCGAGGCAGGCGAGGGAGUUUCUGAGAUGGCAGAUCAAACAAGUCGGGGGAAUGAAACAGUUGGACAGUAAUCAACGAAUGAGAAUGAAGAAGGUGUCUAAGGAGGUUGAUAACUCUCUCAAGAAACUCACAAUUUGGGGAGGUCCUAUCGAGAAAAUUGAAGGUUAUUUUGGCAGCAGCGUAGCUUCGUACUUCCUUUUCCUGCGGACUCUCCUCUGGAUCAACUUUGUGAUGGGUGUCCUGGCUGUUUGUUUCAUCUCAGUCCCGCAGAUUAUUGUUGGUGAAGACACGAAGAUUAACAUCACUGAUGGUCUAGACAUUGUGCAGGACACGAUCAUUUUCUACGGUGUCUAUGACUAUCAUGAAUAUCUCGGCAUUGGAUACAUGCUACCAAUGGCUUACUUCAUCACAACACUAGCUAUAUAUCUCUUCUGUAUCAUCACUAUUGUAAGGAGGAUGACAGUCAAGUACAGAAAGACCAAACGAUCAGCCGACUCUGAAGAAUAUCCAUUCACCUGGCGAUGCUUCGUGAGCUGGGACUUCACCAUCACAUCGAAGGAGGGUGUGCGCGACAAGAUUCAUGCAAUGAAGACAGACUUCAAGGAACUAGUGCGAGAGCUGAAGGUGCGAGGGAAACUGGUGACUCUCAACAGGGGUUUCAUCUACUCUGUCAGGGUGCUCAUCAACAUCAUCACCCUGGCCAUCCUCGGAGGCACAGGCUACCUCAUCUACUUCUUCGUCGAGAGACAGGACACGCCCCUGGAGCUUGGGAUACCGAAAUUUGCCGAGGACCUUCUCCAAAAAUACCAAUUAUCACUGGUAAUGGCCUGUCUCAAGCUGGUUGUGCCAGUCCUGUUCUCUCUGCUGGUCAAACUAGAAAAGUGGCAUCCUCGGGUCGAGCUGAAAUGGCUCCUUGCGAGAACGACACUGUUCUACUAUGGUAAUCUGGUCAUCCUCUCCAUAUCGCUGUACAACGUCUCCACACAAUGUGAGUCUGGUGAGAUGCCAGCUCACAUGUCGUGUUGCUACGAGACGGUGGUCGGGGAGGAAGUGGCUAAAGUUUUCCUGUUAGAUCUCGGUGCGAUGUUUGUCUCUGUCUUGGUGCUGGACGUCCUCAGGGCUGUGACUGUCAAGUCUUCCAAGACACUCAAGGAGAAGAUUGGUUUCUCAGAGUUUGACAUAUCCGCCAGCGUCCUGGAGGUCAUCUACGGCCAGGGCCUCAUCUGGCUGGGCCUCUACUUCUCACCUCUUCUGCCUGUGGUCGCCAUGGCAAAGGUCAUCAUCGUCUUCUACCUCCGCUACAUUGUUGCACGCACCUGUAACAUCCCACCAAAAAAGAUGUUCCGGGCAAGUCGAUCUGGGAACUUCUACUUGACGUUGCUGCUUGUGACAUUGUUCUUGUGUCUUGUGCCAGUUGGAUAUGCUAUCAUUGCUAUCAGUCCGUCCCCUGAUUGUGGACCAUUCAGAGAGCGUGACCAUGUUUACCAAGUGAUCACAUCCAGGAUUGGAAACCUGCCAAGUUGGUUGUCCUGGAUCAUCAACUUCAUAUUGAGUCCUGUGGUGGUCAUACCUGUCUUUAUAGUUCUACUAUUGAUCAUCAUCUACUACCGGGCGAGGGCCUCCUCAUACCAAGACUUAAUCGCAGAUCUCCGAACACAGCUUCAUUUUGAGCGUUCAGUUGGGAAGAGGAAAAUCUUGGCUGCGGCACAGAACAGCAAGUUUGCCAAGUUUGGGGAGUCAGGGAGUGAGACGGACAUAUCAGUGGUUUGAUCAAUGAUGGCACUCAGACCUGUCCCUUUAUAAUCAUCAUGAGGGGAGACUCGAACUCUGUGAUAUGUUUUUACUCACAAAGAUCAGAUCAUUCAGGAUAUUUGUCUGAACCUCCAACAUGGCAGGCAAUGAUGUGAAACCACUCUAUAGUUCUUGCUGAAAAGGAGUAACUGUGACCUUACUCGGACCACCUGAAUGGGUUUAAUGAAUUCAACUUGCACAAAAUAAAGACAAAGUGAUUUGUUCUCAUUCAUCAAUCACUCAUUUAUUGAGACCGACAACACAGUAAGGCAUUAUCAUCCUAUAACAUUCUAUACAACAACUUUCACUAAAAGCGAGCAAGCUAAUUCGUCUUCUACUUCAGCUAAAAUCAAUCGAGAAAAGUAAUAAAAUAAUAUUAUAAAUAUUCUCUUAAAACAAGAACAGCGCUGGUUCCAGGAAACUCGCCGAGAACAGAUUGGGAAAGUUGCUCCAUUUGGUGUCAAGUCAAACAUCGUUCACCAAGCUCCAAGUUGGCCGAUUUCCCAAGGAUUCUCAAGAGUACGUCAGGAUCAGAAGUGUCGUCAUCAUUUAACAUAAUUGCAGCGUCUCGAUGUCACCACAGUAAUCUAUACAAGCUACACAUUCAUAACCAAGGACUGCAUCCCUGGAGGCAAAUUAGGAGCAGAACAAUACCAGCCAAAAAUACCCCAUCCAGGUCUAAUACCUGGUCCCAGGGAAUCUGUGUCUUGGCUCUCCCACAUGAUGAGGAAAACCAGUUAAUCACAACCACAACAGACUCAACCAUGUUGACCUACAUAUCACCAACAUCAAUUGGAGCUACACCAACUUCAGGGCUCUGUGCAGCAAUGAUAAGAUAAUGAUCAAAUUCCUAAUUUGCCAAGUUCAUGCAUGUGCAGGGUUGAAACAUGGAAACUGGCUUUUAAAACGAUCUCCAGACACCAAGGGUGACAUCAUGACGUUGUGAAGGUGAAGGUCACCAUGACCUUUGAGGUCAAGAUCAAGACACUGUGAGAAAGUAUUGUUUUGCAUCAAAUGAGAUGACAGAUUCAACAUUGUCAGAAAUAUCCGAAAGUCCAAAAAUUUACUGAAUCAUAAGAAAUUUGUUCUUCGACGGUUUAGUUCCACUUAAAAUAGAGCAAAACUUCCACAACUGAAUUCUACAACCAGCCUUCUGAAACCCAACCAGAGUCUACUAGAACCUGUAUUAAGCACAAAAUAAUAAAAACAACACAAUUCCUUUAAGAAACCUACCAAAAUACAUGACCUUAAAACUCCAUAGGCUGAAAGUGCACCGCUGGGGAAAUUUUAAAAACA